GUCCUCCUCUCACUGCCUCUCAACUUUCACUCCCACUCUAAUCUCAGAAUCUCAAAUCUCAGUCUUUCCAUCGUGACGUAAGUGCGAUUCUUCCACGCUGAUCUGAUCCAAAAUUUUGUUCACGAUUAAUUAUACAGGUUAUAUUUAAAACUGAUUAAGAGAAAAUGACAGAACCAAUAUUAACGGAGGAGGAAUUGACGCAAAAACAUAAGAAGGAACGAAAAGAGUUGCAAGCGCACAUACAAACUUUGAAGAAGUCUAUUUGCAAAGGUGACAAGAAGAAGAAGAAAGAGGUUGCGGAAGAGAUAGGGCACUUAGAGGAAAACUUAGAAAAACGACAAGCGGAUGAAUUAAAUGCAUGGAGAUUGGCACAUGUUACCUUAAACGAUCAACAGACAGAACCUGCACAAGUGAGCAAAGAAGUUGAUGAGGACAACAGUGGCUUGGAACAGCCGACACAUAGAAUUUCUAAAGCACAGAAGAGAAGAGAAAAAAAGGCAAUUGCGGAAAAAGAACGCAAUCAGAGAAUCAUCGAGCAGGAGGCGCUUAACAUCUUUGGCAAGAGGAAUGUCGAAAUGGAGGCCAUAAAAGAAAUUCUUUCCAAGCGGAAUUUGAUGAUCUACGAAAUCCCUAGCGAUGGCCACUGUUUAUAUAAUGCAGUGGCGCAUCAACUCAAAAUAAAUGGGGAAAUACCUUUGAGUUUAGAUGAUCUUAGAACAAAGACUGCUGAUCAUUUGAGAGAAAACAUGAACGAUUUUCUACCAUUUCUCUCCAAUCCAGAUUCUGAGGAUCUAUUGACGCCCGAAGAGUAUGAAAAGUAUUGUAAUGAUGUGGCUCAAACAAGCGCUUGGGGUGGUGCUGUUGAGCUGCAAGUGUUGUCACAUAUAUUGAAAUGUCCAAUCGAAGUUAUACAAGCUACAGGAACUCCUUACACCAUCGGAGAUGAGUAUAACAACAUUAAGAAGGUAACAUUGACUUAUCAUCGUCAUAUGUACGAGUUAGGCGCUCAUUAUAAUUCCGUUACAAAAUGUGUUCAGGAUGAGGAAAGCUGAUGAAAGUUUUCUCUACAUUUAUGUUGUCUUACAACUGUUUUCAAGUUAUAUUACCGAAUGAGUUGAUCACAUGAUUUCACAUUCACAAGUGUGUGCUUUUAUCAGUCAGUAAAUUAAUUUGUCCUGUAGGGAA